CCCGCCGCCCGUCCGCCGCCGCCGCCGCUCGUCCGCCUCAGAGGCCGCAGCGCGGAGCCCGGAGCCGCCGCCGCCCUCAUCCACCUCCUCCAGGCCGGAGCCGCCCGCCCGCCGCGGCCCGGCCCGGCCCCGCCGCCAUGUCGGCCCAGGCGCAGAUGCGGGCCCUGCUGGACCAGCUGAUGGGCACGGCCCGGGACGGUUCAGUGUAUCUUUGCCUGCCUACAUCAAUCUGCAAGGGAGUUGCAGAAAAGCCUCAUGUUCAUCGAGCCGAGAUGAAACCAGACAAAGGGUGAAGUUUACAGACGAUCGUGUCUGCAAGAGCCACCUUCUGGAUUGCUGUCCUCACGAUAUCCUGGCAGGAACACGAAUGGACCUGGGAGAGUGUACAAAGAUCCAUGACUUGGCAUUGAGGGCUGACUAUGAGAUUGCAAGUAAAGAGAGAGACCUGUUUUUUGAGCUGGAUGCUAUGGAUCACCUGGAAUCCUUCAUUGCUGAGUGUGAUAGGAGAACAGAACUGGCUAAGAAACGCCUGGCUGAGACACAGGAAGAGAUCAGUGCUGAAGUGUCUGCAAAGGCAGAGAAAGUGCAUGAACUGAAUGAAGACAUUGGAAAACUCCUAGCUAAAGCUGAGCAGCUGGGAGCUGAAGGAAAUGUUGAUGAGUCUCAAAAGAUCCUGAUGGAAGUGGAAAAAGUCCGAGCAAAAAAGAAAGAGGCAGAGGAAGAAUACCGAAAUUCAAUGCCUGCAUCCAGCUUCCAACAGCAGAAGCUGCGUGUGUGUGAAGUCUGUUCAGCGUAUCUGGGUCUCCAUGACAAUGACCGGCGUCUUGCUGACCACUUUGGAGGCAAAUUACACUUGGGUUUCAUUCAGAUUCGUGAGAAGUUGGAUCAGCUGCGGAAAACAGUGGCAGAAAAGCAAGAGAAGAGAAACCAGGAUCGUUUGAGACGGAGAGAAGAGAGAGAACGAGAGGAGAGAAUGGGCAGACGGUCUGGAUCAAGAAAUAGAGAUCGUCGAAGAUCACGGUCUCGGGACAGGAGGCGGAGGCGCUCGAGGUCAGCUUCCCGUGAACGGCGGAAGUCUCGCUCCAGGUCCCGAGACCGGCACAGGCGCCACCGGAGCCGUUCUCGCAGCCACAGCCGAGGUCACCGGCGGGGGUCCAGAGACAGGAGUUCAAAACACAAAUCUUCUAGAGAUCGAUCUUCAAGAGAGAAGUCCCGAGACAGAGAGAGAAAAGAGAAGAGCUCUUCUGAGAGGCGGCACGAGAGCACAAAUGGCAAAUCUCGUUCCAAGAGAUCAGAAGAGAGAGAAGCUGGCGAGAUCUGAACUCAAAUGAUCUGUGUUGCACUGUAAAUAGUCUGAUAAACAUUCUACACAAAGCCUAAAUUUCCCAUUUAUAUUUACUGAAUACAACUCAUCUUUUGUAGUUUUGAAUUUUUAUUGUUUGGCAGAUAGCUGUGAGUUUGUAGAGACACAGAGUUACGUACUGUUUAACAGGUUUUGUUUUAGUAGGAAUAAAUAAAGCUGACCGAUCGUUUUCAAUUCA